AUGUGGCUACAUACAAUAGCAUUCUCAACAGCGGUUUUAUCAUGUACCAUUCUAAUGGGACAUGUUUUCUAUUUACCUUAUAUUAUUUCGCAAGCUGAAUCUGCACAUGAAGAAGUUAUGAUGAGAAUUCAAUUCUUCAAGGUGAAUCGGGAAAAUUAGACAGAACCCUAGAAUUUCUAAAAAAAAAUUCAGAUUGUGGAAGCUGAAAUUAACGCUGAACUCUCUAACCAAGAAUUCUUGCAAAUCACCAAAAGAUCAGCGCCAAUCCAUUGUGAACCAGGUUAUCCAGGUCCACCUGGUAGAGAUGGUUUAGAUGGAAAAGCUGGACAAGAUGGUCCAAAGGGAAUACGUGGAUUAGAUGCACGAGAUAUUAUGGAAGAAUUGCAAGCAAAACAAGAAUGUAUUAUCUGUCCACAGGGUGAAGUUGGACCAACAGGUGCACCAGGAGAUCGUGGUGAGACUGGUGACCAAGGUUCGAAAGGUAUCCCAGGAAUUCCUGGACAAGAUGGAUUGGAUGGCGAGCAGGGAGAAGAGGGACCAAUUGGACCACCAGGGCCUCCAGGACAUCGUGGAAGAAAAGGGCCGGAUGGAAAAGGAGCGAUGGGUGGAAUUGGAGAGCGUGGACCAAAAGGAGUUCCAGGAGCAAAAGGUGGACCUGGCUUACAAGGGCCUCGUGGAAAGCGAAACUAUAUUUAUGGGCCACCUGGGCCUAUUGGACAGCCUGGGCCAAGUGGGUUGGAUGGAGCUGCUGGAAAUCCUGGAGAUCGGGGACCGAAAGGUAUCACCGGUGACAAGGGGGCUGAUAUCAAGUUCUGUCCAUGUCCGCUGGAACUGGAACUUCUGAAAUCGAAGACAAGAAAGGUUCCACAACCACCAGCUUCACCAGAGGCUGAGCCUAAAGUGACAAUUGCUGUUCCGGCUCCUCCAGUAACCGAGCAAGUAAUAACAACGACAGCCACUGAAGCUGUGCCUAUUACCGAGAUUCCCUCGACUUCAACCACCCAGGAAUCUACAACAACCGAAACUUCAAGCACCACAACAGAAACCCCAGUCGUUAUCGAAGAUCACGUAUUCGGAGGAAAAGCUCCAGGUUAUUCAAAUGAAAUUCGAAGAGCUCCUGAAGUUUUGGAAGAUGUUAUGCCUAGAGAAAUGAUUGAUGUUCCGACUGAAUUCGGAGCCGAAACAACAUCUGAACAAUUACCACUUAUAAUUACAGAAGAAGAGGAAGAUUAUCCGGAACUGGAAACAACUACGUGAGUUUUAUGAGUUCCAGAGUUUUUUAAGCUAGAGAAAAUUAUGUAGCCUUUUAAUUUAUGAGGAAAGGGUAAAAUAUCAAAAGUUCGACCUUCUAGCACUAAAUUAUUUUUUAAAUUCCCGAAAACCCCAAACUCACUAAGAAUUUUGAUAAUUUCCACAUCAUUUCGUUGAAAUUCCCAGACUUCUUGCAAUUGUUCGACUGUUUAUAAUUAAUAGUAGAUCUAGAAAUAACUGAAUUGAUUUUUAAAUACAAAAACGUGAAAUCUUUUUUUUUUCAAAAAAAAAUUAAAAUUUUGCGGGAAAACAGUGUGCACAGAAAUUGCCCCAGUCUUGUGAGACUUGGCGCAUAAUUUGUAGUUGUUUUUUUUUUGGACUAGGAAAACGAAAAUUUCUCGAAUAUUCGAGAAAUUUUCGUUUUCCUAUCGAAUGAUAUCGAAUGUUGUUAACAAAGCAGUUUUUCAUAACGUUUUGAGAUAUUCUCCUACCUCAGAGUGGACUGCGAUGAAUUGUCGCCUCGAUCUUAUACCAAAUCCAUCCAUCCAGCCACAUUCGAAUCGCCUGCUAGAAAAAACAAAAAUGAAAAUAGAAAAAUCGUUGAAAAAGGGAUGACGUUUUUUUCAAAGCGUCAUCCCUUUUUCAUUUCCCAUGUUUUGCCUCACUCUUCACCAGAAAAACAUCAUAAACGAUGCGCAAAACCCAAUGCGACUCCCGUCACUGUUUUCCGGCCGCAGCAAAGGGAUUCAAUGAAGAAUCCUCACUCAUGUGAAAUGAAUGGCUUUGGGUUUCAGAAGCUGGUAGGCGGUACUAACUCAGGGAGCGCGCGCAGACUUUCUCUAGUUUUUGAGGAUCCGAGUGGCUAUGAUUUCGAAAUUUAUUGAAGCUUUUGAAAUUAUAAAAUAACCCCCUAAAAAACUUAUCUCUCACAUCCUUGCACGGCCAAAAAAUACACAAAAUAAUGAAAAUGGAAAAAAAUCGAUGAGUUUUUAGUUCGCGAAAAAUAGAAAAAUUUUAGCGGGGUAGAUCAAAAAAAAUUUUUUUUUAAAUUCUUUCUGUAUGGGCAAUCGGUGUUGACACUCUUAUUUUUCCGUUCUUUUUUUUAGGUUUGGGAUUUCGGUGUUUAAUUCCUUCAAGUUUGGACAAUUAAAAAAUCAUACAAUUAAAAAGUAAAAGAGUUAAGCAGACAAUUUCCCCAUUGUUUCAUUUUCUUUUUCCUCGAAAACACCAAACAUCUUCGAGCAAAACUAAGUAUAAAUUAACUCAUUUUUUCAGCCGUCGAUUCCGGUAUGUAACAAAACGUCCAAUUAGAUACGAAUAACGCACUCUUUUCUUUUUGUUCUCUUUUUUUCUGUUCAACACAAUAAAUAUCAUUUAUUUUUCCUCUCUCUUUUCAUCGCAAUUUCGGCGCGUCGCAAUUGUUGACGUUGUGGUCGAGUGGUUAAGUGUUGCGCUCGCUAGAAAAUUGGUAGCGGUUCGAUUCCCGCUGCCCGCCGCGGUGUGACGAUAACAAACUGAAGCUGACAGGUUGUGAUGUUUCUUCAAUCCUCUAAGAAGUACUGACCGCUUUUUUUAUUUUAUAUUUUUUUGAACAUUAAAGAAAGAGAAAAUAAUUGAAAAAUAAAGAAAGUAGAGAGGGGAAAAUUAAAUAAACUAGAAGUGAAUAAGUAAAUAGAGAACGCAAGGGAAGCCGUUUCGACCUUUUCAUCAGACGGCAAAGAGGAGGUCUCAUCAGUGAUGCCUCUUUAAGCUGGACCUUAUAUGGAAGCUAUACCUAACUUAUGCGCGGAGGAAUGAGAUAAAAUAAUUAAUAAUAAUAGAAAAGAGUGGAAUAAAUAAUAAGAGCAAAUUGAAGGGUAAUGAUAAUAGAAGAAAAAGACGCUAGUUUAUAGGAGAGAGUGUGGAAGCGAGAGAGAGGGGGAGAAGAAAAGUAAGAAAAAGUAAACUACAGGCAUGCGGAGUGUCGUAGUUGAUUAUUUGAAUUUUGAAAUUUUGUUUUUUGUUUGGCGAAAAAUGUUUUUUAAAAGUUGUGAAGUGGUUUGUAAAUAAUAAAGUUAUUUUAAUAGAUUUUGUUAUUGUUGUAUUUGAUUAAUAUAUUUGCUAGAUAUUCCUCGAAAACACCAAACAUCUUCGAGCAAAACUAAGUAUAAAUUAACUCAUUUUUUCAGCCGUCGAUUCCGGUAUGUAACAAAACGUCCAAUUAGAUACGAAUAA